CCCAACCUCCCCCAUUCCUUUUUCCUCUACCUCUCCCUUCUCCACUCCACCAACUCAUUCUCCCGCGCCCCCACUUUCGUUUGCCGCUGGAAGGAAAGAAAGGCCGCAUGGCUCUUUUAGUUUUAGCUUCUCUCUGUUUCAUUUCAGCCCUCAUCGGGGUGGCCGACGCCGUCCCAACUCCAAGCUUUUCCGUUACCGGUCGCGUUUACUGCGACACCUGCCGUGCUGGCUUCGUCCACGAAUUUACCGAAUACCUGGGAGGUGCCAAGGUUAGGCUCGAAUGCAGGGACUACGUAAGCGGUCAAGUAUCUCACUCGGGUGAGGCACUGACCGACAAAUAUGGAUACUACACGAUCACCAUGUCGGACGAUCACCAAGAAGAGAUCUGCGAGGUGGUGCUACUGGACAGCCCGCGCUACGAUUGCAAGGAGAUUCCGGCCGACCACAGGGACCGUGCGCGUGUAGCCCUCACCCGCAACAAUGGCAUGUCCUCCGAGCAGCGAAAUGUCAACGCUAUCGGCUACCUCAAGGACGUCCCCCUUCCCAAGUGCGGGCCGAUGCUCCAGCGCUACGCGCUCUUUACCGAUGACGAUAUCAAUUAUUAGUCCGCAGGAGUGGUGAAACGAGGACAAGUGGGAUAUCUUUUAUUCCGAUGUCUCGAAGCCUGUCUAUCUUAGCCUCUGUAUCUGCUAAUAAUGCUCGUGCGCGCUUUGUUAUCACUAGAUGAUUGGUUCUGCUAAGUUUCUUGUUUCUCUGCAAAAGGCAUGACUUUUAGUCUUUGCUAGUAUUGUCUUGGAUCCAUUUUCCCCUGUGAACCGAAGGACCUUGAAGUUUCUUUUCUGAAA